AUGUUUGAUAAUCUUCCAAGAACUCCAUAUAUGAAAACAAGAGUCCAACCAAGAGUAUUGUACAAUGGAUUUGAAAAGUACAAGUAAGCCACUAUAUCAGCACAAAAAUUUUGAAGGUUCAAAAUACUUUUGAAUAUUACCAUUAUUUAUAGAAGAAAAAAGAGUAUUCAGACUAACAAAAAGAAUUAUUAGAAGGAUUAAAAAUGGAGAAUGAUGAUAUGAAGAGACUAUCUUAUUCAGUCAAAUGUUUUGGUGUAAGUAAUAAAGAAGGAAAGUUUGGUGUACAAAGUUAGCGUAAAUUCAUGGGUGGAUCAUUCGAAUCCCAUCCAACCUAUGAUGUGAAUAUUUAAAGUGAAAGAAUAUCUUAUCCCUUCAAGUCAAAACGUCUUAUGACUAGUCGAAGAUAAUUAAGAGACAAAUAGAAACCCCUUUCAGAAAUUAUCAAAUUACCAGAGAGACCUGAAACAGUCAGAACAGAACAUGUCUCAAAUGUUGAUAAAAUAGUUAGGAAAUCACGAUUAAAGUUUAAACAAUAACAUUCUCAACCAUAGCCAGAAAUAGUAUUCGAGAAAGGAAAAACUAAAUAUCAAUCAUAUAGUCGUCUUCUCUCAGAGGCUCAUAGUCAUGAAAGCUUUUAUAAAAUUCUUAGUCCUUGA